AUUGGAUGUCGGAGUGGAAUCAACAGUUCGAAUGUAAUGUCAGUAUCGAGCAAUCAAGUUGGAGCAAACGGAAGAGCUAUUAAUAAAGGAACAAUCUUGAAGCUGUCGGUGGAUCAUAUCAAAGAAUUGCGUGAAGAUGUUGGCAGAUAUCAAGACAGAAUUAGAGAACUAGAACAAAUGAUUGAAUCCGCAAAACGAGGUGAGCUUAUGUUGGACACCAAAUCAAAUUAUGAUACCACAAGAGGUCAUCAAAGAGUCGGAUCAAUACAAUUUCGUCAACAAUUUAAUAAUUUACAAAUUGAAUAAAAAAAAAAAA